UUAUCUGGUGCAGCCUUCAUUCAACAGGAAGUGCCUCCGACAGCUCAGUUUGUUUGUGGUCUCUUCUGUUCAGAGAUACAGCAUUUGAGUCAAGGUGAUGUUUAUUUCAGCAAAUAUUACUUACUGUUGAUUUUUAAACAUGGACCAAAGCAUCGCUGAUCUACUCAGUGAUGCAUUUACAGAAAGCUCUGUUCCUUCAUUCCCUGAUGAUGAAGAUCUAGACUUUGAAAAUCUAGAUUUUAAAGUGGAUGGAACCAAUUUGAGUCAAGACAACAACAGUGUAGACCAGGAAAACAGCUCUCUGAUGCUGGAAACUACUUCUGCAUCUAUUUAUCCAAGUGAACACAAAUAUAACAGUCAGGAAAAUGACUCAAGCUCAGAGGAAGAGGGUGGAGAGAAUGAAGUUGAAAUUGAUGAAGAUUUUAUUGAUCAGAUUCAUAGCAAUGACGAUGAAGAGUUCUACGCAGCGGGACAAAAGCCAUCUCAAAAUGAUGACCAAAAUCCAAACUAUGAGAGGUCUUUUUCAUUUCAAGAAAACAUUGUAAACAAGGAAGAUAUUACACCUAUCACGGAAACUCCUUCUACUACCGCUACAACUCACAAAGAGACAUUUGGUGCUAUAAAUAUUGAAGAAGUCAAGGUCAGGGAGAGACAUGAGGAUUACCCGAGCUCGGAGGAAGAGAGAGAAGAUGACGAAGGUGAAAUUGAACAGAAACCUGGGGACUUCUCAGAGACUGUUCGCUGCAGCAAUGACAGUGAGCAAGUCCAUGCAAUGGGACAGGAUCUGGGGCAAAAGGACAGCACUCAAGAUAGCAACCAGGAAGGAGGAGAAGAGAUAGAGGAGGGAGGGUAUUUUGGUAUAAUCCAGGGAAAUGAAGGCCAUUUGCUGAUACAAGAUGAUAGCAGUGAAGAGGACCAAACAGAAUCAACAAAAACCACGUUCUUCCAGGUUGAAUACACUUUGGAAUAUCCAGAAAUCUCAUAUGACGGGAUAGAAGAGUUGAACGAGGAUAUAGACAAGAUGGAAAGUUUUUCAGACGAGGAGCAUCAAGAAGCAGGAGAGAGUUUUGCAGAUUAUCCGUCUGACUUUUCUUCAUGUGAAUAUAUCGACAAUGCAAGAAAUGCUGAACCAAGCUAUUUUGAAACAGAGCGUGAUUGCACAUCUGACAAUACCGCAGAACAUCAAGGUGCAGAACAAGAAUACAUAUUUCUGAAGAAUGGAGCUAUGAAAGACUGCAUGGGAGAAAGCAGUGAGUUCAGCAAAGACGGGUUGGAUGAACUGGAAAUUUCAAAUAAUCAAGAUGUAGGUUUAAAAUUAACAGAAAAACAAGACAAUGACAGUCUUCAAAGUUGGAAAGUUGGAAUCUCUGAAGCUACAAAAGGUGUAUGUGAAGAUAACACAAGUUUAACUGCCACCUGGGAGCAAGAAGCAGAAACUACAGAACAAAAUAUUCCAAUGAUGAAUCAAGAUGGGAUAUGUUUGAUGGGGGAAGACGUUCCAACCACAGUGUACUCAAGCUCUGGGUCAGUGGAUGACAGUUUCUUCUUUAAUGAUGAACCAAAAGUGUAUGGGGAGAGAAAGAGGAAGGAGGAAGAGAUGCAGGAUGAUGAAGAGGAGGAGAGGGGAAGGGAACAGGCGAGGAUCCAGGCAUUUUACAGAUUUUAUGACGACCAAGGUGAAGACAAUGUUAAGGAAGAGAGACAGACAAAGGUUCAGUUUUGUAUGGAAACAUUGUCCCGUGUGAUCCAUUAUGACACAGACAGUAGCAGAGAAUUAAGCAGUUCUUCAGAUGAGGAGGUGGACAAGGAAGAGGACAGGGAGGAGGACAAGGAGGGUGAGGAAGAUGGCACUGACCAAACGUAUGAGGUUGAGACAUGUCCAACCAUGAGUUCAGAUGAAGAGGUUUUAUCAACCCAGGAACUUCAGGAAGCUGAAGACUUAGCUCACAUGGACUCACCAAAUCCUCAAGAAAUGCUAGACAAAAUUACAGAGAGCACCAAGAAACCACUCUGCAGCAGAAACCACAGGUGUCUCUUCGUGUUGAAGUGGAUGUUGAGCCUGUUCCUGGUCGUUGUGAUGGGACUGAUCGUGUUCUGGUGGGUCACAGAUGCAGAAGAGUGGCCUAAACUUGUCCUUUAAGAAAAGGAAGGGAGAAAAAUCUAAUUUUUCUACUAUUGUGUAUAUAUAUAAAAGCAUAUAAUUAUUUUAUGAGAUAUGUAAUGUAAUUGCUGUGUAAUUGCGCUUGUUCUGGUAAUAAAAAGUGUUACAGUUUUA